AACUGUCGACGACCACCAUGUUUGUACCGAUCGUCCUGGCAGCCGUCUGCCUUGCCAGCUGCACGGUCUUGGCUGCAACUGACAAGCCAUUCUAUGACGUGGAAGACGCUGAGAACUUGUUCGAGAGUUUUCUCCAAAAGCACAAUAAAGUGUACAAGAACCGGAGGGAGUAUUACGAACGGCUUGGCAAUUUUAAGAAAAGCUUGAAGCAAAUAAAUGAGCGAAAUGCCAAGUUUCCUGAUACUGUGUUCGCAUUAAACCACUUUGCUGACUUAUACCCUGAAGAGCUGCAGCAAUAUUUAGGCUUCAAACUUCCCGAAAAUAUGACGGGUGUAGUACUCCCUGACGGGCCGACUCCGACGGAAGACCACUUUGACUGGAGGGACAAGGAUGCUGUUACACAUGUUAAGGACCAAGGAAUAUGUGGUAGUUGCUACAUCUUCAGCGCCGUUGGUGACAUUGAAGGGCAGUACGCCAUCAAACACAAGCAAUGCCUAGCCUUCUCUGAAGGGCAGGUUCUCGACUGCCUCAACACGGGAUCUUGCGGCGGAGGUUUUAUGCACCCAGUCAUGCAGGAACUGGCUAAGAAAAAGGAAAAAUUAGAAAAAGAGUCAGACUAUCCCUAUUUCCAUAAAAAACGAAAUUGCACUGAAGACGCUAGUAAGGGAGUUGUGCUAGUAACAAGGGGUGAUAAGAUCAAAAUUGCUGAUGAAGAAGAAUUGAAGAACAAAUUGGUAAACUUAGGACCUCUGGCAGUGGCUAUAAAUGCCGCUGACUUCGGCUUAUACCAAAAAGGCAUUCUAGAACCAAACGAGUGCAAGGGGAAGCAAGUUGACCACGGCGUGCUCUUGGUCGGCUAUGGAGAAGAAAAAGGCAAGAAGUAUUGGAUCAUUAAAAACUCUUGGGGCGUCGGGUGGGGAGAAAAAGGCUACGUGAGACUGUUGCGAGGAGUGAACGCUUGCAACAUGGGCAUUACCUACACUGCCCACUCCCAAGUGGCUUAGAGUCUGCUGUCACCCGAAGCCAUUAACAUCACCGUGCAUUCUUGGAUGGCAUAUCCCACGGUGCUUGCAUUGCGGUUAUGAAUGAAGGUUUACCAUUUUGGCUGCAAUAAAUAAAAACAAAUCUUUGAUCAAUUUGUAAAAUCUAUUUCUUUUGGUUUUAAAUUCUAUAAAUUUCUCAAUUAUUGGACACUAAAAUAAAGUUAUUACGUGCGUUUGAGUUGCA